CAUGUUAAAAAAUUAUUAUUAUAACAAGAAUGGAUUAAUAACUAACAAAUUUGAUUAGUAAAAUAAUACUACAGGAGUUUAAAUACUAUAAAUGAAAUCUUUAGAACGUCAAACAGACAACAAUGGGUCAAUCUUGUGUCUUCAAUGUUCUUGUUGUUUCCUCUCUUUUACUACUAGUCUUCUUCUCCACUGCCAUGGGGAGAAACUUGCAUACUUUACAAGGAGUUUACAGUGCGGCUGAGCUAUCUCCCUCCAAGGAUGACAGUGUGCGGAAGAUGAUGGAGCUGAUGGAUUAUCAACCAGUGGAGUCUAAUACCAACUGGAAUGGUUUCGUCGCCGCUCCUCCUCCCCAAUCUCCUCCACUUUCAUAAUUUCCAAAAAGAAAAAAAAUCUAUUUCAGGUUUCUUAUUUCGAAAACAAUGUUUAAUUGUUGUCUGAUAUUUUUGCAAUAAUUUACAACAUGUAAUUUUGAAAAUUUUAUAUUUUGGUAAGUUAAGUUUUACUGUCUCAAUUGUUGAAAUUAUGAGUUCAAACUGUAACAUAUUUGUUUGGCAAGGUUGGUUGGCGCAUGUAAAACGCCACUUAGUUUUCUUAA